AUGUCUGCAUUUAUUCAACAAAUUUUAAAAACAAAGAAUUCCUUAUCACCUAUUACCGUAACAAGAAAGGUCAGACAUUAUUCGGUGACAAAUGUAUGUAAAUUGGCCUCUGUAGGUAAUGCAACGACCUCAAGACCAUUAUCUGCUGCUGCUUCAUAUGCCGAUGGAAGAAUUAGAAAUAAUUGGGCCAAAGACGAUAUCAAAUCGAUUUUUGAUUCACCUAUAAUGGAUCUUUUGUUUUAUGGCGCAAAGGUGCAUAGAGAACAUUUCGAUCCGUUGGCCGUACAACAAUGUACAUUAUUAAGCAUAAAAACUGGCGGAUGUAGUGAGGAUUGUUCUUAUUGUCCGCAAUCAUCAAAAUAUAAAACUCAAGUGAAAGCGACAAAAUUGUUGGAUGCCGACGAAGUAUUAGUGUCUGCUAGAAAGGCCAAGGAAGCUGGUAGUACUAGAUUUUGUAUGGGUGCAGCUUGGAGAGAUUUGAAUGGCAGAAAAACAAAUUUCAACAAAAUUUUGGGUUAUGUGCAAGAAAUAAGAUCUAUGGGAAUGGAAGUUUGUUGCACAUUAGGAAUGUUAAAUGAUCAACAAGCAAAAGCACUAAAAGAAGCAGGACUAACUGCUUAUAAUCAUAAUUUGGACACUUCUAGAGAAUAUUACCCCAAGAUCAUUACAACAAGGUCAUAUGACGAAAGAUUACAAACUAUUGCUAAUGUUCGUGAUGCGGGAAUAUCAGUAUGUUCAGGUGGUAUAAUUGGUUUAGGUGAAACUGCUGAUGACCGUGUAGGAAUGCUACACACCCUGGCCACUUUACCCGAACAUCCUGAGAGUGUACCGAUCAACGCGUUAGUACAAGUUGAGGGAACACCAUUGGAUAAACAAGAGCCUGUCUCUAUUUGGGAAAUGGUUCGUAUGAUAUCUACGGCUCGUAUUGUAAUGCCUAAAUCAAUGGUAAGGUUAUCAGCAGGCAGAAUAAGAUUUUCGCAUCCUGAACAGGCUUUAUGUUUUUUUGCAGGAGCAAAUUCAAUUUUCACAGGUCUUAUUCCUAAACCUCCAAAUUUUGAUCAAGGAGUCAUCAAAUCUGACAAAAUUGAAAAGGUCUUAUUUCAACAGCAAGAAAAAGAAAUGGAACAAAGCAAAGAAGUUGUUAUUUAA